GUACAGUAGGGCGCUUUCUCAGCGUCUGCUCUAUAAAUUUGCCCGCCGGUAACACUAGCUGACCGUUCGUAAGAGAAUCUACGGGAUUUAGUGUAGCUUUUCGUCGCCCUUCGAUGAACGAAAUCAGCGAUCUUGACAGACAAAUAGAGCAGCUGAGACGCUGUGAGAUCAUAACAGAAGUUGAAGUGAAAAGCCUUUGCGGGCGCGCAAGAGAGAUUCUGAUUGAGGAGGGAAACGUACAGAGAGUCGACUCGCCAGUGACAGUAUGUGGAGAUAUACACGGACAGUUCUAUGACCUCAAGGAACUAUUCAAAGUAGGAGGAGAUGUUCCUGAUACAAAUUACUUGUUUCUGGGUGACUUUGUGGAUCGUGGGUUCUUCAGUGUAGAGACAUUUUUGUUGCUUUUAGCACUCAAGGUACGGUAUCCUGAUAGAAUAACUCUAAUACGAGGCAACCAUGAAAGUCGGCAAAUAACACAGGUUUAUGGCUUUUAUGAUGAAUGUCUACGGAAGUACGGGUCGGUAAAUGUAUGGAGAUAUUGCACAGAGAUAUUUGACUACCUUAGCCUUGCAGCAAUCAUUGACAACAAAAUCUUUUGUGUACAUGGCGGGUUGUCGCCAUCCAUUGCAACGUUAGACCAGAUUAGAGCGAUUGACAGGAAGCGGGAAGUUCCUCACGAUGGUGCUAUGUGUGAUCUCUUGUGGUCAGAUCCAGACGAUAUCGAAGGUUGGGGGAUCAGUCCACGAGGAGCCGGAUUUCUCUUUGGUAGUGAUGUAGUCGCACAGUUCAAUGCAUCCAACAACGUUGAAAUGAUCUGUCGUGCACAUCAACUAGUCAUGGAAGGCUACAAGUGGCACUUCAACGAAACGGUUCUCACAGUGUGGUCAGCGCCAAACUACUGUUAUCGGUGUGCCAAUGUCGCAGCGAUACUAGAGCUAGAUGAACAUUUGCAAAAAGAAUUCACAAUAUUUGAUGCAGCACCUCAGAUGGCAAGAGGAACGCCAAUGAAGAAACCUAUCCCAGAUUACUUCCUGUAGACAACUGGCAUCUACAGUAGAAACUGGAUAGUCGGCAUACUUUUAGUCGUUUUAAUUAACAAGAUACCACAUCAACCCGAUUCCAUACCAAUAAAAAUGCCUAAUGGGCAAAAAUGAAA